CUUUUACUCUCCUUAGAUGGUAAUGAUCACGCAAACAACAAAUGUAACUAGUGACUUUAGGCUUAAAGUUUCUGAAAGUGGAAAGUUAUGGGAUGUAGACUUAUUGUGGACUUAGUUUAUUAUUAGAAAAAUAUUUUAGAGACAAGAUCUACAAAUUUAUGGCGUAUCUAAGCUCUAGUUAUUCUGUUUUCUUAUUCAAGAUGGUGGUGAUGUUAACGUUCCCUUGAUUUUGUGAUUAUUGUUUUCAUUAUGACAUUGGUUUAUAAAGUUAAAGCAUUGGAGAGAGCGUGGUAAUAGUCCUACAAUGUCUAGGGCAAUUUGUUCAUAAAAAGAAGUUGAUGUAGAAGUGAAAAUCAUAGGAUUUUUGUUUGUUUUGAAGUUUGUAUUAUUCUUUUGACAAGAGGGUGACAUGUUCUGCCAAUCCCAAGGUGGUAUUGAAUUUAUUAGCGGAUCUUUGCAGAAAAAACGCAAGCUUGAUUUGAGUGACUCCAGUUAUUCCUUGCAGGAAUCACAUUAUCAGACAAACACAAGGGUUUUUCGUAAUGUACAAAAUGCUCAUAAAAGUCCAAAUAAUGUGCCUCAUUUGUCGCAUAAUUUCAUACAUGCCUCAACAAUAAAAUUACUAGAUACUUACCAACGGUGCGGACAGAAGCGAAAGUCCUGUGAGGGUAAUGGUGAUCGUGUGGAAGGGAUAUCAAGUGGAGACGCAACGGCAGGUGGAAAGGGAGGUGGUGGGGGUGGGGGUGGGCCAUCCCACUCCGCCACCCCUGAUGGAGAUUACCAACUUGUUCAACAUGAAGUGCUUUAUUCUAUGACAACACAGUAUGAAGUACUAGAAUUUUUAGGAAGAGGAACCUUUGGUCAGGUUGUUAAAUGUUGGAAAAAAGGGACAAAUGAAAUAGUAGCCAUCAAAAUUCUUAAAAAUCACCCAUCUUAUGCUAGACAAGGACAAAUUGAGGUUAGCAUAUUGUCACGCCUAAGCCAAGAAAAUGCCGAUGAAUUUAAUUUUGUCAGAGCUUACGAGUGCUUCCAACAUAAAAACCAUACCUGUCUUGUUUUUGAAAUGCUAGAACAAAAUUUAUAUGACUUUUUGAAACAAAAUAAAUUUAGUCCAUUGCCUCUGAAAUAUAUAAGACCCAUUCUUCAACAGGUGCUCACUGCACUGCUAAAACUAAAGCAAUUGGGAUUAAUACACGCUGACCUUAAACCUGAAAACAUUAUGCUCGUGGAUCCUGUUAGACAACCAUAUAGAGUUAAAGUGAUAGAUUUUGGAAGCGCCUCACAUGUCUCUAAGGCUGUUUGCAAUACUUAUUUGCAAAGCAGAUAUUACAGAGCUCCUGAAAUAAUACUGGGUUUACCAUUUUGUGAAGCUAUAGAUAUGUGGUCCCUGGGGUGUGUAGUGGCUGAGCUGUUUUUAGGUUGGCCUCUUUAUCCUGGUUCUUCAGAAUAUGACCAAAUUAGAUAUAUUUCACAAACACAGGGUUUACCAACGGAACAUAUGCUUAACAAUGCUUCUAAAACUACAAAAUUCUUCUAUAGAGAUAUGGAAAGCACUUAUCCAUUUUGGAGGCUAAAGACACCUGAAGAACAUGAGGCAGAAAACGGUAUUAAAUCAAAAGAAGCUAGGAAGUAUAUUUUUAAUUGUUUAGAUGAUAUUGGCCAAGUAAAUGUUCCAACAGACCUAGAAGGAGGUGAACUUCUUGCAGAGAAAGCAGAUCGCAGGGAAUUCAUAGAUCUUUUAAAAAGAAUGCUUACUAUGGAUCAAGUUGAACGCCGUAUUACUCCAGGAGAAGCUUUAAAUCACCCAUUCGUAAAUUUGGCACAUUUGGUUGACUAUGCACAUUGCAACAACGUCAAAGCAAGUGUUCAAAUGAUGGAAGUAUGUCGCAGAAAUACUUAUUCAAAUGGAACACCCUCUCAACAUCAACAUGCUACUCAAUCAGCACCAUUAGUUGCAACUCUUACUUUUAAUAAUAAUCUCACAAAUCCUGUCCAGAGAUUAGUUAGAGAAAGGGCUAAUCAUCAUCAACCUACUUUUGAUAAUUUGUAUCCUGUAUACCAAGGGCGAGGGCAGUAUUCUGGAGUUGGACGUAGUGAAAUUUCCCAGCCUCAGAUUGUUUCUUCAAUUCUUUGUCCAACAGGAUACCAAAGAAUACCUUCUCCUGGAAAGCAUGUAGUUGUUGCCCAACAGCCCCCACCACAACUUCAGUUACAGCCUCCAUUAAUUUCCCAACAGGUUGGUGGACAGCAGCAAUAUGUUCCAGUUUCAAUGGUUGAACCAAGCAGUGUUUCCUGGGCAAGUAACAGGCAAAUGGCAAUGGUGCCUUCUUGGCAAGGAAUAGCUGCCCAGCACAGCAUCCAGCAACCAAUGCUACCACCUCAAGAAUGGGGUAGACCACUUCUUGUUCAGUCAGCAGCUCUGAUUCAGGAGCAGCGGCCUGUUUUUACUACUGAAGUUUAUGAUAGGGUGGUUGAAAGUCCUAGUAUGACAUGGGGUAAGAGGAAUAUUGCAAAACAUCUUGCUCCUCCUGUUCCACAUCAUCAUCUUACUCUACCAAGACAGUCUCAUGACAAGAAGGACCAGCUACAUCUUAGUCCUGUUAAAAAACGUGUCAAAGAGAGCACUCCUCCAACAGAAUGCAGCGGCCUUAGAAUUCGUGGACGUGCUAGUCCAAACCAGUGGCAAAAUCAUUCAUUGUCAUCUCAGCAUAUUCCCCCGACUCAAAAUUCCAGUCGUCAACAAACUAUUACCAUUCAUGAUACUCCUUCUCCUGCUGUAUCUGUUAUAACUAUUUCUGAUAGUGAAGAUGAAGCUCCACCUAAAAGUUCCCAACACUGUACUGCUUCUAGUUCUCGGCCUAUACAGCAGGCCAACACAACCUCAGUAAAACAACAUAAUGGUUUUGUUUCAUGCUACACUGUUGCUGAUAGUGAUAAUGAAGAGCAGCAUACACCAUCCUCAAAAAUGCAUCAUCAGGGUCAACAAUAUUCAUCCAAUGGAAGGUGUUCUCCAGCAAAAGUGACUGCAAAUUUAUUUGAUAACUCUUCUAAAAGCCAGUAUCAACACCCAAGUCCUUCAAAACCUGGUGAUUAUCUACAUUGCUUUAGGGACAUAAAACAUGAGCCACAUCAUAAGUACCUUACACGUGCUGAAGAUACAAGUCAGUGCUGUACUGCUGUUGAAAAUGGAUAUACUCCUGCUGUAUCCCAAAAGAAAAGGCUUAUUGUGAAAGCUCAAUCAGAAUGUAUGUUGAACGGUGUCAUAACAAAGCAAGAACCUGCAGAAUUAUAUCAUCAACCUGUUUGUCAUGGGCAUGCCGGGACUAUGUGUAAAGAGCCAUACCAUCAUUAUGUUGCUCAGGAGCAACAUAUAGUGCUUCCAUAUGCUAGCAAUGAAAAGAGAGUUCUACUGGGGCACAAGAGGUCUGAUCCUACCAGAGAAUAUCAUCGUGUUCAACCACCUGCUGCCCAUUCUUCUAGAGACCAACAUAUGAUUGCCAAACCAUGGCCUCCUCAAGCUAUUCCUCUUCAUCAGCCUUUCAGGCAUACAGCAUCCCAGGUUUCACCACAGGGAACCAGAUUAUCCCCAUUGACAGGACAACCCAUUUAUCAUCAGAGUGACCUUUAUCGCAGACAGGCUGUUUAUGUAACAACUACCCAGCCAGCUUACUUACCCCCUACACAUCAAGUACCUUCUUUUACUACAGGUAGGGGUGUACCUCCUCCAGCACACCAUUCUUCAACCAGACCUCUUCUUACUGGAGGUGGUCAUCCAAGUCACCCUCUUCCUGCUCAUAUGCAACCAGCAGCUGUAUUUUCUACACAUCCUCAGGUUGCUGCUUCCUAUGGUUAUAUUAGUCCUGCUAAGCCGCAAUAUCCUGGUCCUCCUCCAGCAUUGUGGUUUACAGAAUAGUGGUUUCACUUAAUAUAUUAUGAUUUGUUUACAACUUUUUCUUAAAUAACAAUUUCAAUUAUUUAAAAACCACUUCAUCUCACUUAUUUUUGGUAUUAAUUAUUACCAAUAUCUGUGUAUUAAUAAUGUUGAAAUUUUCUCCAUGUAAUUGAUUUGAGACAUUGACAAAUCUUAGCUGUUUUCUGUGACUCAGGAUGUGCUGGAGAACUUGAUUAAAAUCAUCUAUUGUUUUUAAUUUUCUUUAAAAUCAUUUUGAUUUUCCACACACUGUCAGAUUUACUUUAUUUAGAAUUGUACAAUGUGAGCCAUUGCUCAACCAUCAAUUCCAGUUAACAUUGACCUUUAUUACAAAUUAAUAUGUGUAAGAUAUUAUUAUUAUUGCAUAUUAUGUUUAAAAGCUUUAUAGUUGUAGUUCAUACAUCAAUUUAAUGAUGUUGAAUAUCAUGUACAGUUCAUAUACUGUCAAUGUCUCACUUCUUUUUUUUUCUUAUACAACCAGAAUGUUUUAAAUGGUUUUUAAGUUAGUUUUGAUGUAGUAAAACUUUAUGUUUGUUGAUUUGAUUUAUGUUAAACUUAUUAAUUAAUUAAAGGUUGUAUGUAUAAAUAAUUAAUUCUAAUAAGUACUUAGAACUGUUUAAUAUUUGAACACUCAGGUUAUUUAGCAUCGUGUAAUUCUAUAAGUUUUGUUAUUGAUUUGUGAUGUAUAUUUGUCAAUCUCUUUUCUCUGUUAUUGUAAAUGAAACCACUAAAAAGAUAUAAUUUUCAAAUGAUUACACGAGCAAAGAAAGCUUUUUUUUAGUGGUUACAUUUUCCUAUUUUAUAAAAAUAAAUAUAUAUUUGGAUGUUUAUGUAUAUCUUAUAUUAAAAAGAUACAUGAUAUGUGCGUAUAUAACAACUCUCUAUAUAUAUAAUUUAGAGAUUUUUAACAUAUCUUAAAAUAUAUGUUUUAUUGAUCUUGUUCAGUAAACAAAAUAGUUUAUAAAAACAAGUACACAUUUGUACUUGGAACUACGUUUUGGUGUUUUUCCUGUUGCACAUGUGUUAUUAAAGUUAUGAAAGUAUAUUUAUUUUGGUGUACUAAGAAAGUAUAAAGUAUUUAGUUUUAGAAUUAUUGUAGCAUUCAACUAUUUACAUGUAUAUUGUAGAAUUUUGUAUGAUUCUGGGGAUGUCUAUUAAAUGAUUGCUAAGUUAAUUUUUAAAAUCAGUAGAAUGUUACUAGUUAAACUUUUUCUUGUAAUAUUAAUGGUGAAGAACAAAAUGAGAUGAAAAAAAAAGAAUAGAAAUAUUUUUUCGAUGAGUUAAUAAAGUAUUUUUUAAUAUAACUAAGACAAAAAUAUGUCAUUUACAGUAUAGAAUUUUCAUUUAAUAAAAUUUUAAAUGUUAUUUAAAUUUUGAGGCUAACUAAUGAUUAUCGAUUCUUUUCACUUAAAAAGAAAUUCUAACAUACUGGUUUAACUCACCUUCCCUCUUGUAUGUUUAAGUGGUUUAUGAUUAAAUUUUCAAAGAAUAAUUUCCUAUUAUUGAAUCCCAAGUUUCAAUUAAGUAUUUGCCCAAAUAUUUAUUAAUUCUGUGAAAAAUGAUUUCUCUUAAAUUUAUUUUUAACAAAGAAAUUUCUAUUUUUGUCAAUAGUUUUACAGAUAUGUUUCAAUAAGUCACUUGAGAAUAUAUAAAAAAGAUAUAUAUUUUUUUAUUUGUUUAAGAAUGUUGUUUAUUCCUUAUGAUAUUAAGGAUUGAAAAUCAAAUUUAAUAAGUUUUCUGAUAUUUAUUAUAACCUAUAUGAUUUAAAAACCAAUACCUACUUCUUGCAAUAUUUGCUCUUUUUUAUUAUGCAUAUAAUGAAAAGCGGGCGAAUAUUGUAAAAAGUAUGUUAUAGUUUUUAUAGAAAAAUAUAUGUUAAUACUUCUCUGUUCACAAGUAGAUCUGUUCUUCAACUUAAUAUAAUUAUUUCACUUUUAAUUUAAAGGUUUAAUUUUUUAUUUUAUUCUCAAUAUUUUUUAAAUUCCUGACCAUAUUUGAUACAAAUUAAUAAAACUGAAAAUCUAGAUUAUAUAAAUUGAUUACCUACCGUUUUAAUCAUUUGUGUACCUUAGUAAUUCAUAAAAGUCCAUAAAUUUAUUACAAAUGUACUUAAAAGGGUUUUUAAUAAUUGGCUUCCAAACACUUUUUCUUUUUUAUUCCUGAAAUUGAUUGUAUCUAGAAAAGAAAUGUAAACAAUGCCACCCUUAUUUUUAGUUAAAAACUUCCUUAAGACUCAUUUUUAUUUUAUACUGGAACUUGUUUUGUUUUUUUGUCAUACUUUAUUUUAAGUAAUUAUUUUUAUCUAGUUUCACUUGUUGAGCUUGUGUUCGUAUGUGUAUAUGUGCUACAUGAAUUCAUAUGUUAUAAUAUGUAUAAAUACAUGAAUUAUUGUAUCAAAUAUAUUAUUUUUUUCUGUAGUGUUAGCUGUUUUGAGUUAACUUUUUAAUAAAUGUUCAUCUUUUAUGAUUAUUAUUUCUUAUUUUUUAAAGGGUAGAACUGGGACAAAUCGAUAUUGUAUCAAUUUUUAAAAAUUUUACCUACAUUAUAAUUUAGCAUUGUAUAAUCGUAGUUUUAGGUCAUUUUUAAUUUAAAUUUAAUAGUUUUUUAUCUACACAUUUGUAAAUCAUUUUAAAAGGCUUUUAGCUUAGUAAUUGUUUAAUAAUUUUAUUAAAUAGAAAUUCAUUGGUUUAAUUAGUAAUAUAUUUAUUUUCAGUAUAUAUACAUAUAUAAUCAAUAAAUAUUUAUGUGUGGGAAAUAAUUGAUUUUGAAUUGUAAAAUAUCUUUUUCGAUCCGAUAAAAUAUAUUUUUCGAUCCAAUAUAUUUUUCAUGCCUUUCUUUUGAAUUUUCAGUUUAUUUUAUUUCUGAUUAUUGGAGUGUUGGAACGAAACCUGGUUUAAUUAUUACUGUCAUAGCGGAUAUAAUUUGUUUGAUGGGAGAGGUUAGGGAAGUAAGCAAAUAGUUUUAGUAUGGAGUGGUUUAUCUGUAGCUUAUGCUAGUUAACAUGAUUUAUCUAAAUUAUUUUAUUUUUAUUGUAUAACUUUUUUAUGAAAAUUAGCUUAAUAUUGUUUUUAAAAAAUAUGUUUUUAUUGGGUAAAUGUGGGGCCUUCAUUUUAUAUUAUUAUUACUUAAAUAAUUCAUUGGGAAGUAUCAAUUGCGAUAAAAUUACUCUGCUUCAGGUGGAGUUGUUAAUUGAAAUAUUUUUUUAUUAGAGGCACAUCUAUAAGAUAGUUUAUUGAUAUUUAAGGUAUAACCCCUGGAUUGGCUGUCAGGGAUUUCAAUUACAGUCUUGUAUUUAAGAACAAUAUAUAUUAAAAAAAAAAUUGAAACUUCUUUUAGGGGCCACAUACAAGAUAAAUAUAAUACAAGAUAAAUAUUCCGUAAGGAAUGAGCCUAAUUAACCUUAACCUAUGUAUAUUUUCUUUACUCUGUUCUUAGUAGCUCACUUAAAUGUGAUAAGUUGAAUUUAUGUCUAAAGAGAUGUGAACAUAUAUCGUAUGAGCUCUAUACUUGAAUCUCUUAUUAUUGUUCAAACAUUUUUAAUUGGAACCAAUAUAUAUUUAUUUUUAAUUAUUUUCAGGUUUUAUUUCACUGCUAAAAAUGUUUGUGAAUUUUAUAUUUAAUCAGCCAUAUUAAUUUAGAACAUUUCUUAAUUACUGUAUAGUUUCAUUUCUCAUGAAAGUGAUUUGUGUUAGUAAUUUUACUAUAAUCGUUUGUGAUCAAAAAGAAGUAUUUUAUUGUUUAAAGUCAAAAGUUGAUUUUAUAUUUAUAUUUAUACUCA